GCCAGUACCAUCUCCAGCAAGGAGCUGGGCUGGGGCACGGGAGAGAGCCUGUAGACCCAACUUUCCACCCCUCCAUGGGGCCGGCCAAGUCCCCAAGAGGAUGGCAGCCUGGGCGUCGGAGCCACCUCCUGGGCAGCCUAUGAGAACAGGGUGAAGCCUGAGCGCUCAAAUGGCCAACAUCACAGGGCUGAACGCCACGGAAGUCGCAGGCUCCGUGGGGUUGAUCCUGGCGGCCAUCGUGGAGAUAGGGGCGCUCCUGGGCAAUGGGGCACUGCUGGUGGUGGUGCUGCGCACGCCAGGACUGCGCGACGCGCUCUACCUGGUGCACCUGUGCGUCGUGGACCUGCUGGCGGCCGCCUCCAUCAUGCCGCUGGGCCUGCUGGCCGCGCCUCCGCCGGGGCUGGGCCGCGCGCGCUGCUCGGUGCUGGCCGGGGGCCUCGGGCCCUUCCGUCCACUCUGGGCGCUGCUGGCCUUCGCUCUGCCCGCCCUCCUGCUGCUUGGCGCCUACGGCAGCAUCUUUCUCAUGGCGCGCCGCGCCGCCCUGCGGCCCCCGCGACCCCUGCGCGGGACCCGGCUGCGCUCCGACUCCCUGGAUAGCCGCCUCUCCAUCUUGCAACCCCUCCGGCCUCGCCUGCCCGGGGGCAAGGCGGCCCUGGCCCCAGCGCUGGCCGUGGGCCAGUUUGCUGCCUGCUGGCUGCCUUAUGGCUGCGCGUGCCUGGCGCCCGCAGCGCGGGCAGCGGAGGCCGAAGCGGCUGUCACCUGGGUCGCCUACUCGGCCUUCGCGGCGCACCCCUUCCUGUAUGGCCUGCUGCAGCGUCCCCUGCGCUUGGCGCUGGGCCGCCUCACCCGACGCGCGCUGCCCCAGCCUCCACGGACCUGCACUGCGCGGACCUGGCACCCGCGGGCACUUCUCCAGCGCCUCCAAGGACCCCCAGAGAGUCCUUCCCUAGGACCUUCGGAGGCACCAGUGCAGGCCCCUAAGUUGGCAGGUGGGAGGAGUCUGAGCGAGUCAGAGGCCACCUGAGAACUCUCUGGAGCAAAGGAGGGCGGUGUCAGAGGGGCCUAUCCAACCCCCUGCAGGUCACAGCAGGUGCCCUGCCUGAUCUUAGGCCUCUGGAACAGGAGAAAGCGAGACUGCAGCCUGGCAAGUCCCAGGCUUCUGAGAGCAAGGGUUCCUGGGCUCUCCACCCAACACCCAAUGGCCUCCUGCAUAGCCCUACCGUUCCUUAGGCCUGUUUCCCGUCUGUACCCUGCGCCAUGGCUAAGGGCCCCUCCAGCAUAGGCAUCUUGUGCGACUCAUGGAUGGUCACCAGGAUGCGGGAGGAGAGGCUGGGCAAAGAGGGCCCUACAGGCUCACAGCCAAAGCGAUGGCCAAGCAGGGCACGGUGUGGGUGACAGCCACAGAGGAACCAGCGGAGAGACUCAGGACUUCGCGGACAUCCGCACCCAGGAGAGGUUGGACAACGCUGCUGGGACUCUUCCACCUGCUUCUAAAAUGCCCAGAAAACGCCCGGAUGGGUUUGCCAUAGAAGCAGGAGGAUGCACGACGGGGGAGCCUCAGAACUGCCAUGUGAAAGGGGCUGAGGCCCAACGCGAACGGGGGGAUCCACAGUCGGGGGUCCUUCAGGGCCUCGGCUGUACCACUCCCAACACCACUAUUUCACAGCCUUCUGGUCGCUGAGAAUAUUUAUUCAAAAACAGGGAUUGAAAAAACUGUACAGAGUGUCUGCUGCUGGGAACUGGGCCCCUGCC